UCUGUGAACUCAGGCACUCAGGUAUCCACCAUGGUGUUGGGUCCUGAACAGAAGAUGCCAGAUGAAAAUGCUUCUGGAGACCAUGGGGUCUCUGUCAGUCUUGGUGCCGUCAAGCCUGCCUGCAGUAACUGCUCAAUUCCACAGUCCUUCAGGGUGCACACAGAGGAGCCCUUCACCACCUACUUUGAUGAGAAGAUUGCUGUUCCUGAGGAGAAGCACUCUUGUUUUAGCUUUCACAAACUCUGGGCUUUCACCGGACCAGGAUUUCUUAUGAGCAUUGUGGAUCCAGGAAACAUUGAAUGUGAUUUGCAGUCUGGAGCAGUGGCUGGAUUUAAGUUGCUCUGGGUUGUUCUGUUUUCCACCAUCGUGGGCCUCCUGCUGCAGAGCCUUGCAGCUCGACUGGGAGUGGUCACUGGGCUGCAUCUGGCUGAAGUAUGUCACCGCCAGUAUCCCAAGGUUCCACGAAUCCUUCUGUGGCUGAUGGUGGAGUUGGCUAUCAUUGGCGUAGAUAUGCAAGAAGUUAUUGGCUCAGCUAUUGCCAUCAAUCUCCUGUCUGCAGGAAGGAUUCCUCUCUGGGGUGGAGUUCUCAUCACCAUUGCAGAUACCCUUAUAUUUCUCUUUUUGGACAAAUAUGGUUUGCGGAAGCUAGAAGCAUUUUUUGGUUUUCUCAUCACUAUUAUGGCCCUCACGUUUGGCUAUGAGUAUGUUACAGUGAAACCCAGCCAGACCCAGGUCCUCCAAGGCAUGUUCCUGCCAUCCUGUUCAGGCUGUCGUACCCCACAGAUCAUUCAGGCUGUGGCCAUCGUGGGUGCCGUCAUCACACCGCAUAACAUAUACCUGCAUUCUGCCUUAGUCAAGUCCAGACAGGUAGACCGGGCCAGCAAGCAGGAAGUUCGAGAAGCGAAUAAGUACUUCUUCAUUGAUUCCUGCAUUGCUCUCUUUGUUUCCUUUAUCAUCAACAUCUUUGUCAUCUCAGUGUUUGCCGAAGCAUUUUUUGAGAAAACCAACCAGCAGGUGGUUGCGGUCUGUAAAAACAGCAGCAGCGCCCAUGCUCACCUUUUCCCAGACGAUAACUCAACACUGAACGUGGACAUCUACAAAGGGGGUGUUGUGCUGGGGUGUUACUUCGGGCCUGCCGCUCUCUACAUCUGGGCGGUGGGGAUCCUGGCUGCAGGGCAUAGCUCCACCAUGACAGGAACCUAUUCCGGCCAGUUUGUCAUGGAGGGAUUUUUGAACCUAAAGUGGUCACGCUUUGCCCGAGUGAGUCUGACCCGCUCUAUUGCCAUCAUCCCCGCUCUGCUUAUUGCAGUCUUCCAAGACGUGGAGCAUCUAACAGGGAUGAAUGACAUCCUGAAUGUUCUUCAGAGCUUACAACUUCCCUUUGCUCUCAUACCCAUCCUUACGUUUACGAGUUUGCGGCCUGUGAUGAGUGAAUUUGCCAAUGGAUUGGGCUGGAGGAUCGCAGGUGGUAUCAUGGUCCUUGUCGUCUGUUCCAUCAACAUGUACUUUGUCGUGGUUUAUGUCCAGGGUUUAGGGAAUGUGGCAUUGUACGUGGUGGCUGCAGUGGUCAGCGUAGCUUAUCUGAGCUUUGUGUUUUACUUGGGUUGGCAAUGUUUCAUUGCACUGGGCAUGUCCUUCCUGGACUGUGGGCACAUGGUAAGCGUCUCUAAAGUCCUGCUAACCAAAGAAACCACCAGUGGCCGUACUAAGUAAACGCUGUUCACAGGUAGCCAUCAGAGCCAGUGUUUCUAUGGUUCACUGUGUGAACAUAGCCAAAGUACCAUCUGGGAUUGACAGUUCAACCUGAAUGAACUCUCCCUUCUGAACACUGUGGAUGCUGACUCACUUGUGUCUAGAUGACUGAUAGCCUGACAGACUAUAUAU